AUGCGAGGCUCGCCGACUGCGACGCACCCCUUCGAGAUAAUCAUCAGCAUGGACAAGGUGUAUGUUACGGGGAUGAAGGUGCUGCGGACUGAGAUGGUAACCUUCAUCAAGAAUCAAGUCGCGCUCAUACGGUCCGGCCGAUGCGUAGUUGCGGCCGACGCCUGUGACGACAACGACGUGGAGGUUCCUUCGGCAUCUCAAGCAGUAGGUGCCGCCCCCACCGUCGCUUAUGCGUGUGGCACGUCGAUCCGAAAGCCGGGAGGCGGCGUCAACAAGGACGAAGCGGCGGCAAGAAAGGGGGUGACCGGGACCAAUGAGAGGCAGCAGGACGCGGUUGGCCAUGAGGAUGAUGAUCGGGUCCAUGAUCUUGAGGAGGAAGGGGGCUCGGAGGAGUCGACGUCGGAGUCGGAGUCGGGGUCGGAGGAGGAGCAAAAGGCUCAGGAUCAGGAGGAGCAGCAGGGGAAGCAGCACGAGGAGAAGCAAGAGGUGGAGAUGAAGGACGUGAAAAUGGAGGAUUACGGGGCUGAAGGAGUGGCGAAAAUGGGAGAGAGAUUGGCGAAGGUCGAGCACGAGAAGGGGGGGGGGAAGGGUGCGUCAGCGGAGCUCGGAAUGGAGAAAGUUGUCGGCGUGGAGGCAGCUCACGGGGGGAGUGGGAUGGUCGUGGUCGGCGAUGGGAUGGAUGUUGUCGGCCACAAGGCCGUUGGACAUGGGGAUAUCGCCGCGGCCACGAAGUAG